CCACCACAAAAACGGUCGCAGAGCAGCCAACCACAAGCAAAAGCACAACACCUCCAAACAGCCAGCCACAGGACUCGCCCCGUGUGUGUGUGUGCAGGAGGAUGACAAGAGGAUGGCUGGGCUUGGAUCAACGAUAGGGGCGUACUCCCUGCAGGCGUACUUGGGGCAGGGUGGCUUUGCACGCGUGUACCGUGCCGUGGAUCUGUCGUCCAAGCGCAACGUCGCGCUCAAGGUGAUUGACAAGGCGAAGCUUGUCAAGGACCAGGACCUUGUGGGGCGUGUGCGGCGGGAGAUCCAGCUGCACAGUGGCCUCCUCCACCAGCACAUCCUCAGGCUGUACCACUACUUUGAGGACGACAAGGGCGUGUACCUAGUCCUGGAGCUGGCCGAGUACGGCAACAUCCAAUCCUAUAUCCAAGACACGCUGCAGCGCAAGCUCACCGAGGUCGAGGCCCGCGAAUACUUUGCACAGACUGCGCAAGCAGUGGAGUACCUGCACGCCAGUGGCAUUGUGCAUCGUGACAUCUCCAACACCAACGUGCUGCUAACGAAAGAGCUGCGCGUGAAGCUGGGCGACUUUGGGCUGGCGAAGAAGACAACUGGGUCUGAUGACGACGCCGCCCUCGUCACGCUGUGCGGAACCCCGAACUUCCUCUCCCCAGAGGUGGUUGCACGCAACAAGCAGAGCUUCCCCGUCGACAUCUUCUCCCUUGGCUGUCUGCUGUACUACUUCAUUGUCGGAAAGCCGCCCUUUGACACGCGCGGGAACGACGCCGUCAGAGAAACGCUGCGCAAAGUGGCAGAGGUGGACUUCCACAUCCCCGACACUGUGCCACAGGACGCAGCAGACCUCAUCCGCGCCAUGAUGCAAAAGGACGCAAGCGCGCGGCCUUCCAUCCGCGAUGUGCUGCGCCACCCGUUCAUCACACGACGCAAUCAGAUCCUGAGCGACCUCUAUGAACCUUCGCUCGCCAACCCGGUGUUGUCGCCGCAGGCGAGCAACAAAGCGGCAGCGGGCAACCACGCAGCCAGCGCAGAUGCGGCUGCCAUGAAUGGCGGGAACACCGACACAGUGACGCGCCUUGGCGAGCACAGGCACAGCACUUCCCAACUCCAGCAGCCAGCACUCGGAGAUACAAGCAAUCACAGCGCCCCUGGCACGACAGAGCCAAUGGCUUCAAGCCCACGACAACAACUCCACCAACAACAGCAGCAGAAGCAGUCCAAGCAGCCAGCAUCGCUGGAAACACCUCCACGUCUCCUCACACACCGCCUGCCAGCUGUUCAUGAUCCACGCGCAGCGGCAGCAACAGCACAUGGCAAGACACAGCCUCGCAGCACCUACCCCACCACCACCACCAACACCAACGCCAACAGUGGUACUGUUGACAUGGGUGCGAGUGGCGGUCGGGAGGGGCGAACACAAGCAUAUGCGCACACGAUGAACAGUGGGGUGAGUGGACGCCGCCGCCACCAGACAACCCUGGCACGACACGACGCACGAAACGAUGGUGAUGGUGUUGAUCAUACUGAUGAUGAUGAUGAUAACGGGGGUGUGCAUGGGGGACACGGAGCAACGCCACGAGCGACAAGAGCAGGAGCAACUGUGAUGGCAGCCGGUGAUGUGAGCAGCGGUGUUGGUGCUGAUGGAGACGGAAGAGAAACUAGAGGCGAAGUUGUGGAGCAAGGUGGUUACGGCGGCAGCAGCAGAGGGAGGAUGGGCGAUUUUUCAACCGCUGCUGCAGCACGUGCGACACCGACCACCACCACCACCACAUCAGCAUCCAAGCUCCAUCCAGGCGUGGUCUCCACAGCCACCUCAUCCACUCCCAACUCCGCUUAUCAGUCACAGCAGCAACAUGAACGGCAGCACGGACAACGGCGUGACAGGCGUGGCUCGGCGUCGAAGAGUGAUGGCCGAUCGAAACGUUCCGUGCACAUUUACGAUCACCCGCGGAUCCUCGCGGAUGGAGGAACCACGUCUUCGAUGUCAAGUGUUGCGUCACUGCCGUCGUUUACCGCCCUGAACGACAUUCCGGGCCUGUCCUUCACGCAAUCGGCAGCACACCAACGCAGCAGUGCGGCGACAGCAAAUGGUGCACCAGCGACAGCGCAUGGUGCAACAGGUGCAAAGGCAGCGGCAGCUUCAGUGUCGGCUGAGGGGGGCGGAUGGCGGCGUGGGCGAUCGUCGCUCUCGCGCUUGCAGUCGAGCUUGUCCGUGCCUGCAAGCACGAGCGAUUCGCAACCACACGCACACAUGCGCACGCACGCGGGCGAAGAGAGAAACCAGACAGAGCCCACAGCGACAACCAGAGCAGUCGCGGGGAGUGGCAGUAACAGCAGCAGUCACGACGGUGAUGGUAUCAGCGGUGCACGAGUGGGUGAAUGGCAACAGCGACAGCGGCGCUACGAUCACUCUGCAUACACGAGCGACACGCAGAGCAAUGACGAUGACACGCAGCAACAGCAGCAACAACAGCAUGAGCAGCCAUGGCGAAGCCACCGUGAGUACGAGCGAAUUCAACAACAAGGUACAUAUCCAUCCUACGAUCACCAAGGCCAGCAGCAUCAGCACCACCGACAACAACACGAACAGCAGCAGCAGCAGUUGUACCACCAACGAGAGCCUGUGAUUGGCGGCAACAGCAGCAGUUCACGUGUGCAUAUGGACGCGAUGUUUCCGGAUGAUUUGCGGGAAAGAUUUCCACGCACAGCGGGGCUGCUGUCACAACGCAAUUCGCUGCGGCGAGGGCAGACAGCCAAUGUCGAUGACGAUGAUCGUGGUGUUCGUGAUGGUGGUGGAGAUGUCGAUGGUGGUGGCGAUGUCGGUGGUGGUGGCGAUGUCGAUGGUGGCGAUGUCGAUGGUGGUGGAGAUGUCGAUGGUGGUGGUGCAAACGAGACUGAGGCACGUGGUGACCGUGACCACAGCUACCAUUCCAACCACCCUUCGCAAGCCCCACACUACCACGACCACCAUCAACAACGACAUCAUCAACAACAACAUCAACAGCAACCAGAGCAGCAACAUCAUAAAGAUCAUACCUCCACCAAUGUCCAUGAUGAUGGUGGUGACGAUAGCGGUGAUGACGGGAUUGUGUCUGCUGUGCAGUUGAGUCCGUCCACGUCGUUUGGGCUUCCCCGCAUCGACACAGCACGCCUACUACCCAUGGUCCACCACUGGCAUGCAGCCAGCGUGGAAAUUGCGUCGGAUGGAAGCGCCCAUCUCCGAAUCACCGGGAAACACCGCGUGAACCAUCACAGCGCCACCGACAGCGACAGCGAAUGGGACGAAAUGCUGACGGUGCAGCCGGGUGGCCGCGUUGUCCGCGUGGUGAGCAACCGCCCUGGCAACACAUUCGAUAAGAUCUUCACGGUGAGCACGCUGCCUGCGCGUCACCACACGCGCUACCGCCAGCUGCACCGCGUCGUAGAGAUGAUUCGUGCAAAGACACCCAAGGUCGUCAUCUACAGCAGACAGUGCAAGACCAUGCUGAUGGAGAACACGCCGCCGGAUAUUGCCGUGCACUUUCCAUCCGACCUUGAAGUUGUGUUCAAUCAAGCGAAGAACACAAUAACAGCCACCUCCCGUGGGAAACAGCUCUUCUCUUCACACUAUGUGCUCGGGGAGCAUGCACCGCUGUCCAUUCCAUCUGCUGUAUCGACCGAAGUCCACGCGGCCAUUCGCACAGCAGAGGGCUGCAGGCGCAUCCACGCACAGCACGCGAACAUGGCGGCACACCUGGCUGAAGGCGAGGGGGCGACGUCGUUGUUUCCGCUUCGUCUCGGAUCACGCAGGGACUACCACGCCGCGCGUACUGAAGUGCACGGCCACAACCGCUCCGACACAACAGCAGCACGCGCUGAUGACGAUGAUUAUGUUGAUGAUGAACGUGUGCAUGAGACGCCAGAUGAACACGAGCACCAGACUGCCCAAGAUGCGUCCUCUCAGCACCCGGCCAUCAACGAUACACCACCCCCACACCAGCAACACCACCACCACCAGCAGGCGGACACAUCCAUGACCCAACAUGUGUCUGUGUCGGCAGCGACGACCUUCAAGGCAGGGGCUGGGUUCAGUGACGUGGCGCCACCGCCAGAAAGCGAAGCGGGAGCCGCCACUGCGCUGGGCGACGUGCAGCAGCUUGGGCACCCGUCAAACGUGGUGUACUUGCAACACAUGCCCGGGUAUGGCUGGGGUGUGCUCGUGUCGACGGGAGGAGUGAUGCUGCUGCUGCAGAACGGCAGCCGCCUCUCGCUCUCUGCGGACGCGUCAGAGGUUGAGUUUGCUUCACCCGAUGCGCAAAUCACCAGGUGCUCGUUGGGAGAGCCGUUGCCGCCGUAUUUGCAGCAGGAUUUGCUGACUUUGUUUACAUUUGUGCAGACUGUUCGUCAACAUCGACACACCCAACCAGAAGAGGAGGAGCAGUCCUCCCUCGCGUGAACCUUGCCUCUGACUUUGCGCGCCGUGGUGUACAGGACACAUCUUUUCUUCAUGCGUUUGUUAAGCAAGAAACCGAAGAAGAUUAGCCAGUUACCACGUGUUAGACACUCGCAGUUGUGCUUUGCUGCCUUUUUGUUCAGUUGUAGUUUCGUUCGAGUUGACAGCGCCUUGUGUGACACGUGCUGCCGUGUACAUUGUUUUCGCUGUGGUUUACAUUGGGCGAGUUUUGAAACUCGCAAUUGUUCAGUACACAAGCAGGCUCCUC